AUGGACAGAGACCAGACGAUCGCCCGGAAGAUCAUCAUUUGCUGUGAUGGCACAGCGUGCAAUGCAACCCUUGGCACGAACUUGACCAAUGUGUCAAGGAUUUCACGAUGUAUCUGUGCUUCGGAUGAGAACGGCAACCCUCAGAUCGUAUUCUAUCAGCCAGGUGUCGGGACGGAUCCGCACAAUCCCAUGGAUGCUGCGAACAAGGCUACUGGAUUAGGCAUCAAUCAGAACAUCCGGGAAGCAUACAGCUUCAUUUGCGACAAUUAUGAGCGCGAACACGACGAAAUAUACCUGAUUGGCUUCUCAAGAGGAGCAUACACAGUGAGAUGCAUAGCACAAUUGAUUGGUCAAGUUGGACUUCUUACAAAGGCACGCCUUUUCCUUUUGCCCGGUAUCUUCCGCGACUGGAAGGAGGGGAAGCUCAUCCUCCCACAGCUGUUGGACUGGCUGUACAAAACUGCCGCCUAUCGUCAUCCUGAUACCGUACGGAUCCAGGCCUGCGCAGUAUGGGACACAGUCAGCACGCUUGGAAAUCCCUUGAAGCCUCGGACCAAACCCUACCAGCAACUGAUUCCGGACCCGUUGUGCUUUAUCAACUCUGACCUCUAUCGCAACAUUAGAUAUGCUUUUCAGGCUCUUGCUCUACAUGAGAGGCGGUCAAAAUACCCUCCUAUGGUUUGGCGGAUACCAGAAAACCCCCCUCCUCAGAAUGGCCCGGUUCUGGAGCAAUGCUGGUUCACGGGCUGCCAUAGCGACAUAGGAGGAGGCAAGGAUAACGACAGCCAUGCGCACCUGGCACUCGUCUGGAUGGUUUCGAAGUUGCAAGACCAUCUGAGGUUCGACCUCAACAAUCUCGGGAGCCCGAGUUUCGCUCAGCCACCAGGGCAGAUCAUACAGCGAAGUAAAACGUCGAGUUGGGGUUGGAGCCGCCAAGCUCAGCCAGGGAACAGUGAGAACCAUUUCAUUGAAUCCGUUCAACCGACAGCCGCUGACGCUUUAAAAGUUGAUGUCAGAGCCAUAGCGAAGGUACAAGAUUCCUUAAAGGCGGGGUACCGUGUUCUGGGGUCGUCAAAUCGGAAACCACGCUGCCACUUUUGGUCUCGCGACGGCUUCGAGGAAGUUGAUCCAGGCCAGACCGACAUAGUCUCCAACGAGAGCAUGCACUUUAGUGUGCGCGUGCUUCGAAGGCACAACGUUAUCAAAGAGCACGGUAUCUUGAAAAAUGCUGUGCUAGAUAGGAGGCCUGGAGGGGGUAACUGGGCUUGGACGCUACGACUUAGUGAUCAGUCCCAGGCAUUUGAAGUUGUGGAACAUGCGGUCGACGAUUCUGAGCAUGGGAUUCUUCAGGAAUGGUUGAAUCAAGAGCUCGAAUUCUUACAAGCGGAAAAUCAGAUGGAUAGCGGAAACCCAAGAACAAUCAUCGCCGAGCUGCUCGCAUCCCUCGCGUAG